GGCCGUGGUGUGCACUGUGUAUCUCGUCACGGGGCGGAGCGGGAUCGGCGCGGUUCAUCGCGGAGUGUGACGUUCUGGGGCGGAUCAGGACGGUGACCGCGGUGUGUCGGGGCAGCGAUGGGGGCACAGCUUAGCGUGCUGCCUGUUACAGUUCUUUGCUCCGGUGCUCAAACACUCUUUUCUUCGGGUUUGUGAGAGGACAGGAUUGAGCUGGAUUCAACAUGUGCUCGUUUGGGUACAGCUGCUCAUAAUGUCCAUUGAACAGGGGAGAUGAGGCUAAAGCUGCAGAAGUGAAGAAAUCCUGUUAUCUUCUCGUUGUUUUCUGAAACAGUUGCAUCAGGUUGUGACAUACCCAAUAUGGCUGAUCUACACCACCUUCAUGAGGCUCUUCAGGAAUCCCCAACCUGCAAUUACCCUCAAGGACCCAGAAGUGAAGUAUGCACUGAGGCUGAUUGAUAAGGAGGAAGUUAGUCAUGACACAAGGAGAUUUCGAUUUGCUCUCCCUUCCAUGGAGCACGUUCUGGGUCUCCCUCUAGGGCAGCACAUCUACCUGUCUGCACGGAUUGAUGGAGCUCUGGUUGUCAGACCUUACACUCCAGUUUCCAGUGAUGAUGACAAGGGCUUUGUGGAUCUUGUUGUCAAGGUCUACUUCAGAGGUGUCCAUCCCAAGUUUCCUGGUGGGGGGAAGAUGUCUCAAUACUUGGACAGCCUGAAAAUAGGGGACACCAUUGACUUCAGAGGACCAAGUGGCCUCCUUGUGUACAAAGGAAAAGGCAAGUUUGAUAUUCGGCCAGAAAAGAAAGCUGAACCAGUUACCAAGACAGUGAAAUACGUGGGGAUGAUUGCAGGGGGGACUGGGAUAACACCUAUGCUGCAGAUCAUUCGAGCAAUCAUAAAGGACAAAGAUGACCCCACCACUUGCCAGCUGCUGUUUGCUAAUCAGACUGAGAAGGAUAUCCUGUUGCGUUCUGAGCUCGAUGAGAUCCAGGCUCAGAAUCCUGGUCGCUUCAAGUGUUGGUACACACUGGACACAGCGCCUGAAAAUUGGGAUUACAGCCAAGGAUUUGUGAACCAAGAGAUGAUCAGAGACCACCUGCCCCCACCUCAGAAUGAUGUUCUGAUCCUCAUGUGUGGACCUCCUCCAAUGAUCCAGUAUGCUUGCCUUCCCAACCUGGACAAACUGGGCUAUGACAAGGAUAUGAGGUUCUCCUUCUAAAGAUGACUGUUAUUCAGGGAUCUUGUGUAGAAGGGAAGAAAAAAAAAAAAAGGCAACAAACAUUUAAUGGGGAACAGGACAAAGUUACAGAGGUGGCUGAUGCACAGUGCUGGAAAAAUACACUUACAUUAAAAAUGCUUCGUAUUUUCAGACUAUCUGGCAAGUAAGACACGUAACUGCUAAACCUGUGUAUGGAGAGGUGGUUAUGCCUUGUGCUCUGUGUUGUGUGCUCCAUGUUCAGGGAGGACAGUGCAGCUGCUCAGGGCAGCAUACACUCACUUAUGCUUUUUCUUAGUGCUGUAAUCAAGUGGCAGUAAUAUCCUACUUCCUAACACUGUGCAUACCCAGUAUUUUAUUCAGUAUGAACUAUGAAAACAAUAACAAGUGUUGGAUUAUUCUUGCUUAUGCCAAAUUGUAAUCCUUAAUCUGAGGGCCAGGAGUAUUUGCCUUGUAUCCAUAACCUUUGCAACAUCAGUUUAAAGAUGCAUGUUGAGUUGAAGGAUGCCAAUGAACCAUUUAUGGCUGAAGGUGUUGCAGCUGCCUCAUAAUCAAAACAGAGAGGUAGACAGUGAUAAAAAAUUGGUUUCCUUUGUAUUUUGGAAUAGCCUCUCUUAAGUGCAAACUCUUUUCCGUCUGGUCACAGUUCUCAUCCCUGGGCAAUGAAAGAAACUGCAGAAGGUGGCUUUGGGUACUGUUCCACAAGUACCUUGAAUUUUUUGCUUGAUAAUGCUGGGAUACUGAAAAAAAUUCUUAAUUUUGUAUUUACUCCUAAGAACUGGGCAAUGACAUAGGAGUACAAAAGCAGUUCUUCUGCAUGCCCUGUGCAGUGAAAGAAAAUGCUGGGUGAAAAGUGGAUGAGAUUUUCUUGUUAAUUGUUUCCCAGAGGUGGAUUUGGGCUGAAGGGAGUCCAGGUUUCAUUGCCAGGGGGGUUUGGCAGGCAGCCCUGCUCUGGGUGCAGUAGCAGCUGAUCAUCUCCGUGUCUCUAUCAGGCAAAGCUCCCCAGGGUUUGCAUGGGAAGGAUGCACAGGAACAGCCUUAAAUCACCAAACUGACAGCAAAUUCAAGUGUCUCACUGAGUCUAAAACUGUUUCCUAGAAGCUGUUUACUACAGCUUAAAUUCUUAUUUUUUAAUAUCCUUUUUUUACAGCAGCCUUUUACCCAGCUUUUAGGAGACUGCAGGCAUCUUGCAUGCCCAGCCUUGUGCUUCUGACCAGCAGAGAUGCUGCUGAGGUUAGAGGUGUCCUGCAAGGAGUCUAAAAACCUUGUUCUGGUGAUGACACCAGAGUGACUGGAAGGGUAUUUAGUCAUGUAUGAAGUACUAUGGGUGCUGAGGUAGCUACAGGUGUCAAUGUACAAUAGCAAUUUUUAAAAACUGGGUAGGAAUUCGAGGUUAUAGUUCACUGUGUUUUCUUUUGUGCUGCUACAACAGGUGGGUACUGUGUAUUUAAAAGGUUCAGUUUUCAGCCAGAAUUAAAAAGCAAAGAUACUACAGUUAACUUAAGGAACCUCAACUAGAUAAUACUGUUAUUAAUUUUAUUAAUUUGACAUUUGCCUCAAGUCUUGAGUCUUUGAUGUGUGUUUCUGAGACUUGUUCUUUAAUACUAUGCUACAAAGUUGAAAUACUACUCAAUUUUUCAAGUUUUAGUCCCUUUCUUGGAAGGCAAAAAGCAGAAAUAUGAGAGAAGUGGUCUUGCUGCUGGUCUGUAUCACUGUGGGAUAUGCAUAGAUUUUUUUUCUUUAUUGUAUUUGCCAAGGUCAUUCUCAUCCUUUUUUAUCCUGAAUAAAGUUUUGAAAAGCUGA